CCUGAGACAUGAGAUUGAAAAUGACGAAUAUUUCUGAGGAAGAGCCGUCCUGUGACGUGGAAAUGGAAGGAUUUACAAGAGAGGGUCUUCAUCUUUCCAUUCUAGGUGAUAAUUGGGACUGUAAGAACCGGGAGGGACAUUUGAGGCAAUCAGCUUUAACUCAGGAGAAGCCAGGGGCUCAGGAAGCAAUUUGUGAAUAUUCUGGACUCGGAGAGCGUUUGAGUGCAAGCUCAGACCUUCUGCCAUCUAAGAGAGUACCUACAAACAGUUUUCAUAUAUGUGACUCAGAUGUUAAAAGUUUGGAUUGUGACCCAGCUUUACACAGUUGUCAGAAAAAUUAUGUAGCUAAGAGAAAUAGUGACAGUGAUGUGUGUGGAAAAGCCUUCAACCAUUCCAUGGAAGUUUUUCAAUUUGGAAGAGAUCAGAUGAGAGCGAAACCCUAUAAAUACCCUGAAAGUGUUAAAUCUUUCAAUCAUUUUACCCCUCUUGGUGAACAAAAAAUAGCAAAAAGAGGGAAGAAACUGUAUGAAGGUAAGGACUUUGGGGACAUCUUUACCCUGAGUUCAUCUCUUAAUGAAAACAGGAGGAAUCACCUUGGGGAGAAACUGUAUAAAUGCACUGAAUGUGGCAAAUGCUUCAAACGGAAUUCUUCUCUUGUUUUGCAUCACCGAACUCACACUGGAGAGAAACCUUAUACCUGUAAUGAAUGUGGAAAAUCGUUUUCCAAGAACUACAACUUGAUUGUGCAUCAAAGAAUCCAUACAGGAGAGAAGCCCUACAAAUGCAAUAAAUGCGGGAAAGCCUUCAGUGAUGGGUCAGCUCUCACACAACACCAGAGAAUUCACACUGGUGAAAAACCUUAUGAAUGUCUAGAAUGUGGGAAAACCUUCAACCGAAAUUCAUCUCUGAUUUUGCAUCAGAGAACUCAUACAGGAGAAAAACCAUAUAGAUGUAAUGAGUGUGGGAAACCUUUCACUGACAUCUCCCAUCUCACCGUGCAUCUCAGAAUCCACACUGGGGAGAAGCCCUAUGAAUGUAGCAAAUGCGGAAAGGCUUUCCGGGAUGGCUCAUACCUUACCCAGCAUGAGAGGACUCACACUGGAGAGAAGCCCUUUGAGUGUGUGGAGUGCGGGAAGUCCUUUAACCGCAACUCUCACCUCAUUGUACAUCAAAAAAUCCACUCUGGGGAGAAACCCUACGAAUGUAAAGAGUGUGGGAAAACUUUCAUUGAGAGUGCUUACCUCAUCCGGCACCAGAGGAUUCAUACUGGUGAGAAGCCCUAUGGCUGUAACCAGUGUCAGAAGCUUUUCAGGAACAUUGCUGGCCUCAUCCGGCAUCAGAGGACUCAUACUGGUGAGAAGCCCUAUGAGUGUAAUCAGUGUGGUAAAGCUUUCAGGGAUAGCUCCUGUCUGACCAAGCACCAGAGAAUUCACACAAAGGAGGCCCCAUACCAGUGUCCUGAAUGUGGAAAGUCCUUCAAGCAGAACUCUCACCUGGCAGUACAUCAGAGACUCCACAGCAGGGAGGGUCCCAGUCACUGUCCUCAGUGUGGAAAAACAUUCAGAAGGAGCUCAUCCCUCAUCCGACAUCAAAGAACACACUCUGGAGAGCAACCCAUGGAAACAUAAUGUGGGCCACAUUCGUCUCCUGACUUGGUCUCAAAAAGCUGUGUGAAGGAGGAAUGUCUUCAGGGGUGACUUUUCCCUAUCAGUGGAAAAGAAUUCUUUAAGCUAUCCAGUGAAUUGAUGAAUGUGAGGCAUUCCUUAGCCAUACUACUAAAUCUAUACAAUAAAGAACUCCUGGGGAAAACAGGAUGGUAAUAAGCGUAGAAAAGGCUUCAGGAAUGAUGCAGCCAAUAUCAAAUUAAUAGCACACACACUGGAAUAAAAUCUGUGAACGUCAAGAAGAUACUUCCCUGAAGAUGCAUCAGAUUGCUUAAACAGGAAAGAACCUGUGACUGUAUUCAGUAAGUAAUUGGUAUGUGGAAUUAUUUAAUAAGGAAUGUCUGCCUUGUACAUAAGGAAACUCUUAUUAGGAUCAAGUAUAAUCAGCGAGAAAAGCUUUUGGGAGCUCUUACUGUCACUGUCUACUCUGUAUCAGUGAAGACAUGUUGGUGAUAGAAUGCACACAAUUCUCCACCCCAUGGCAACCACAGAACUGUCGUUAGAUUUUGCUGUUUGUAGGUCUUCCUAUGUUACAAUCCUGUCAGAUGGUGAGGAUGUGUUUCAGAAGGGGCAACUGGAUGAGGACAUUGCUUGUGAAUGAACAAUGAAAUCGUCUCUGUUAAGACUGAAGCCGGCUCAUACUAAGAUGGAAAGGGCUGCUGUUGAGAAAUGUGAUGCGUUACUUUAGUUGCGGAAAUAAAAAUGUAAUGAGUUCCUGUGUUUCUGUUAUCACCUCCCCCCAUUGUUCAUCUAGGACAUUUCUAAUUUGUUCUAAGCAGUCAUGCUGAGCCAGAAUUGUGAAGGUUUUGUUACCAUUUAAAAAUGCUUAUACGGCAGGCAACAACAACAACAAUAAAAGAGGCAUAAAACAGAAGGCUUCCUGUUAUUACAGCUGUGUAAAGGUAUGUGCACAUACGGAUGUAGAUUGAAUUUUGGUCAUGGAGAAAUGUGGUUUUCUUAGGGGCCUACAAUUGUGUAUGAUUUCUAUUAUAAGCCAUACAUUGUUGCUAUAAUAAUUUGAUAAGGAAUAGAAAGAGGAAGCCAGAGGGAGGCAAAUUUUGGGCUUCUUUGGACUUUUUUUUUUUUUUUUAACCAAGGAGCUAGAUCAGGGUCACAGGGCAACUGUAAGCACUGAUGGGGAGCAUCCAGGAAGAAGUUUCUUUCGAGUGAGAGCAUCCCAUGGCCCAGAGCAUAAGAAUAAUUUAAUUUUGGGGGACUUGGAGGUCAUUGUGAGGAGAAGAUGGGUCUCAGGGAAUGAGUAGGAGGCUACAGAGAGAUCUAGGAUGAUCUGGGAACUUCCCACCUGUGGAAACAGUGACGGCCAAGUGAGAACUGCAAAGCCCUGGGAAUGGCUCCCCUUGAGAGUCACUGAAUAAAGGCUGUGAGGUAAUAAAUUUGUGUUGUUUUAAGCUGCUAAGUUUGUGGUAAUUUGUUAUGGCAGCAAUAGAAAACUAACACAAGCAUUAUAGAAAAUUUCCCCCUGCCCUUUUUUCUCUUCUUAUGCUCUUUUCACUUGUUCUUUCCUGAGACUCCAGCAGAGCUACUGCCAAUUUACACUUCCCUUCCCUACUGGUUAGGAACAGGAGCUCCUUGGGGCAGUGUAGAAGGAAAACUCUUCAUUUGCUUUGGAGAUACUACACCUGGGUACAGUAGGGCUAACAGUUGAAAUUGUGAGGUCAGUGGGCUGUGAGGAGUCUGGUGCAUCACCCCUUAAAAGCCCUGCCUGACUCAUGACCAGUAUGACUAGUAUUUAUUUUUUUUAAUAGAUUUUGUUUGAGAGAGAUCUAGCAAGAGAGAGAGUACAAGCAGGGGGGGAGAGGGAGAAGAAGGUUCUCUGCUAAGUAGGGAACCCGACA